UAGGCCAGCCUACAGGUCUGCUCCUCGCUCCUCCUGUGUUGGCUCUAGGCUCCAUGGCACUCUGGUUGACUAUGGUCAUUGCCCUCACCUGCCUUGGCGGCCUUGCCUCCCCGGUCCCUGGGCCUAACUCCACAGCCCUCAAGGAGCUCAUUGAGGAACUGGUCAACAUCACCCAGAAUCAGGCAUCCCUCUGCAAUGGCAGCAUGGUGUGGAGCAUCAAGUGGACCGGCAGCAUGUACUGUGCAGCUCUAGAAUCUCUGGUCAAUGUCUCCGACUGCAGCGCCAUCCAAAGGACACAGAGGAUGCUGAAAGCACUGUGCCUUCACAACACCUUGGCCGGGCAGAUCUCCAGUGAGCGCAGCCAAGACACAAAAAUCGAAGUGAUCCAGUUGAUGAAAAACCUGCUCACCCAUGUCCGGGGAGUUUAUCGCCAUGGGAAGUUAACAUGAAGCAUGAAAACCUAGCAUCCUUAUUUGCAGAGGCAGACCUGACCAUUUAAGUUACAGAUUCAUUUUUCUUUCAGAUGUCACAAA